AUGUCAAGCAAGGCGGAUCAAGAAUCCGCAAAACCAUCGACACCACGACAGCACGGUCGUCAGCGCAGCAUCGGCAAGGAGAUUUGCAGCGCAGCGCCGGCCAAGAAGCGGACAAACGUUGUCGACUUUGGCUGGUGGCGCGACAGCGUGUCAUUUUACAUGUACGCCGACAAGACCAUCAAGAAGUGGGACUCGUGCACGACCAACACGAUGACGAUGCCGGUCGGACCGUCGCUGCUCCAGGACUCGAGCUUCACCUUCAUAGUGCCGACGCCCAACGGCGCCAUCCCGGCAAAGAUCGACAUGCCGGUCGACGAGCAGGCCGAGAGGUACUUUAUGGAGCACUACGUCACGGUCCCGUCCCACCCGGGCGACAGGGGGAGCAACUCGUUCGUCCCCAAGUUCCUCAAGCUGCCCGACGAGGAGCAGAUGCUCUGCUUCAAGAGCGCCUUCAGGGCCGCCAGCCUCGCAGCUCUGGCGGCCAGGCCGUCGGCGAGGGGACUGAGGGCGCGCGCGCAGUCGGAAUACGUCAAGGCCAUCCGGGCGGUCGGGGAGGCGGUGCAGGGACUCUCAAAGGGAGUCGGGAGUAGCACGCAGACGCUGGGGUCCAUUUUGCUGUUGACUUUUCAACAUCUAGGUGCUUUCGAGGCUCAUGUUAAGGGUGCAGUGCAACUGAUUAUGCUGCUUGGUAUGGAUGAACUACAGUCUCAAGACAGUAAAGAAAUGGUGAUUAUGGCACGAGGGCGAAUGCUCAUGCUCAAAACCCUCCCGGGCUACGAAACGGCUCACACAAGCUCACUCGCCAACUCUCUCAUGUCCGUCUCGUAUCGCGACUCCCUCGGUCGGCUAGGGGUAUGGCUGGCGUCGCUUUGCUGGCGACGCGAUGAGAUUGUAAGGACCAUCAAGUCGGGCCGGAGGGAGCCAGAACUCCUGGCGAGGCUCAGGCAUAUCAAGAACGACACGAUCCAAGUGGGGCGCAAAUUCUACGAGGCGGCGCAGGACGUUGAGCAGGGCUACCGCCUCGACCAGAUCUUUGCCAAGUACGGACCGCUCCUGCAAGAUCUGACGCGACGAACCGAUCCUCCCGCAACGCCGGAGCCGUCCAACAAUAACGAGUCUUCCCCGUCCGGACUCAGCAGCGGGUUCAACAGCCCGGACGAAGCGGUGUCGACGCCGAGCGAGGCGGCCUCGGACGGCUCGACCAUCGAGGUGGAGCAAGAUUUCCCGCCGAGGCACAUGACCUUCCGCGACCACCGCGAGGCGUCAUUUUACCUGUCUAGCAUGGUGGCGACGCUCGUCAUCCAAAACACCGUGAUUCGCUGCAUCGCGUGGCUGCACAUGGUGGAGGUGGAGGAGGAAGAUGAGGGGGAGGAGCAGCAGCAGCAGCAUAUAGAAAACCCGCGCGCCUAUGAGCGGUCACCAGAGUACAUCGAGGCCGCCAUGCUAGCCUCGAGAGCCGUGGGCGGCAUCGUAAACUGCAUAAGCUACUACAGGCGCUCCCUUCUGCAGCAUGACACGGCCGACUUGGGCAGCGGAGUCGUUGCGCCAUACGCAAACGUCAUUUCCAUGCUGAGCGCCUUCUACACUGGGCUGGUGUCGCAGUUUGCCACCCAAGCCCAGCGGAGAUAUCUGAGGCGAGAGCUGGAAGUUAUGGCGAACGAGGGUGGCAUUGCGCAGAUCUCUGCGUUUUUGGGAAACCAGACAGUUGUCGUCCCUAAAGACGACAUACGGCGUGAUAGGGAGCGGUUUCGAUCCCUGUCGAGAAAUUUGAAUUCCUGUCCCGAAAGCAUCAUGCAAGAUCAUUGAACUUAAUAAUCAUGAAAGCUCCUGGUGAGCCUUAUCAUACCCAGUAU